AUGUUCCAAUCCCCUCCAUAUCAUGUGAUUCAGGUGUUCCAAUCCCCUCCAUAUCAUGUGAUUCAGGUGUUCCAAUCCCCUCCAUGGACACAGGUGUAUACAAUCAAGCCCCUAGACAUGCAGACGGCUUCUACAAACAUUGGUGAAAGAAUGGGUCGCUCUCAGGAGCUCAGUGACUCCAAGCGUGGUCCCGUGAUAGGUGGCCACCUGGGCAAUAAGUCCAUCCGUGACAUUUCCUGGCUACUAAAUAUUCCACGCUCAACUGGUAGUGGGAUUAUAACAAAGUGGAAGCCACUGGGAACAACAGCCACUCAGCCACCAAGUGGUAGGCCACGUCACAUGACAGGGCGGGGGGUCAGCGCAUGCUGAAGCACACAGUGCGUAGAAGUCACCAACUGUCUGCAGAGUCAAUAGCUAAAGACCUCCAAACUUGGUGUGGCCUUCAGAUGAGCCCAACAACAGUGCGUAGAGAGCUCCAUGGAAUGGGUUUCCAUGGCCGAGCAGCUGCAUCCAAG